AUGGACCCCUCGGAAGUUCAGCUGCAAGAGAUAGAAGACAAAGAGUUUAAGAAGGAGUGGCCGAGGCUGUUGACAGAAGCUGAGGUGAAGAAAAUCAUCGAUAUGCCUGGCAACCAGACAUGCGCCGACUGUGGCCAUGCUACUUCCCUGUUGCCAACAUGGGCAUCCAUCUCCUUUGGAGUGGUGCUGUGCUCACAUGCAGCAGGAAGACACCGAAGUCUUGGCGCCCACAUCAGUCGAGUCUUCUCAUUGACCCUGGACAAGUGGGAUAGAGAAAACUACGAGCGGAUGCUGAAAACUGGCAAUGACUUGGCAAACUCAGAGUUGGAAUGCAAGCUGCCAGAAGGCUUUACGAAGCCGUGUGAGACUGGCGACAACUUUGCAGAGUUCAUGGUGGCUCUGGACAAGUUUGUCAGAUCGAAAUACCAAGAAAAGGCCUUCACCCGAAGCGGCAGCGGUAAGCUGGUUGAGUCUGCGCAGACCAAAUCGAUGGCAACCAUUGGAUCAAUGCAAUUCAGCGGAGUUCUUCUGAUCAAAGUGAAAUCAGCUCGUCAGUUGAUUUGCCUGGAUGUCACAAGCCAAAGCGAUCCAUAUGUUGCUGCAGAGAUGGAGGGAGGGCAGCAGAAGGUGCGAACCAAGACCGUGAAAGAUUGCGCCAAUCCUGUUUGGGAUGAAGUCUUGAUGCUGAACGUUCGCAAUUUUCGAAGCGAUGUGCUGAGACUGGCGGUGUGGGAUGCUGACACACUCAGUGAGGAUGACAAAAUUGGCCACUGUGAGAUUCCGCUCCGCCAUCUCUUGCGGCGAGCUUCCAAUGACGAGCAUGACGAGGGUCACGUUCGUCGCAUGCCCGACGUCGCGACGACGGGGGUCUUCGACGAUUUGAUUCUGACGGGUGGGGAUCCACACCCCUGCAUUUGUGUGCGGCUGUUCCAAAGGAACACGCCACGUGGGUUUUUAAGCGUUGAACUCACCUAUCAACCUCUAGAAUGA